AUGGAAAUUCUGAAGCCUCCCAGACCUCCCAUCAGCAUGGAUCCUAGCCCAGUCUCUCCAAUGUCACACAACCUCCCCAGUCCAAAGUCCAGUGGAUUUAAGUCCUGGGGGUCGUUGAACAGGAGUGCCAGGCCCUCUCAGCCAUCCAUGAACGGCAGCAUGCUGACCAUCGACGAGUCCAUCGUUGCGAACGACCGACAACGAGCCCAGCAUGACAUGGAAAUGCUGUACGCGGCAGUCAUGGAACAUGACGCCCAAAAGGCUUCUGGAGUUGAUCAGUCCGUCCGUGAACAAGAUUUCCAAGCACAAUCACCAGACAGUCCUCUUACAAACCCAUUCACUGACCGCGGCUCCCACGUCUCGGAUACCUCAUUGGCACCAUUGGCACCAUUGAAAUCCCCUACUAAGGGAUUCAACAGCUCCCGCUUAUCCAAGCUCUUCAACUCAGGGUCCCGUGCCAAUCCAGAUCCAAGCAAAGUGCGCUCGCCGCGUCUGGCUAUCCGCAACAUGCCCAUCUCCUCUCCACUAGCUUCCCCAGCAGUGGUCACGCCCAAGGCUUAUAUACCCGAGAAUCCUCCUCUUUCCCCGAGGAUUUAUAACCCCGGUCCUCCUCCAGUGGUGCCGCGGCUACAGGCGAGCGAGGCAAUCAGGCCGGCUCCGGGGCGUGCCCGUCCACCCGCGCCUCUAACACUAUCUACUCACUCGCCUUCUUCAUCAAUUCCGUCAAAUCUACCGUUCCGUGAGGCGUACCCGCCGCAAAGUGCCCCCGCUACCAAGACCACUAUUUUGGAACGGCCGAUAAAGAACCGGGCGGGUCCUGUCACGGGCAUGGCUACGCCAUAUAGUCCGUACAUGCCGUUUACUCCCGUGACGCCCUUUACCCCCGGGCGCACGGUGACAAAGCGACAACGGAAGCGGGAGGAGCGUGGGAAUGGACUCCAAGUAUUGAACGAAGAUGAUUUGGUCAAGGAUGAUGAUGAUAUCUGGGGAUGA